GAUAUUCCAGCCCAGCUGUCCUAUCAGUCACCUCAAGACCAAUUCCACAAAACCCAAAUAACCAAUGAGAUUUUUCACAGCCCCGUGGCACAACAAUAGCCUCCAAUCCAUCUGAAGCAAAAUCAGAAGGGAAAUCUCAAUCUAACACAUGAACCAAUCAGAUGGUGCUGAUGUGUAGAUUUCCUAAUCCACAAAUCUUCUCAAUUUCAUAUAUAACCUCUCCUUCCCCCUUCAAUAACUUUCAUAAGCUUGCUACUUCGCACCAUACCACAGUACAGAAAAACUUCAGACUUCAGAGAAGCUUUGCAAUAUCAUGGCAACCUCCGCCAUCCAACACUCUGCAUUUGCAGGCCAGACGGCAUUGAGGCCACAGAACGAGCUCGUGAGGAAGGUGGGCAGCUUUGGUGGUGGCCGCGCCACCAUGAGGCGCACCGUGAAAAGUGUUCCACAAAGCAUCUGGUACGGGCCAGACCGCCCAAAAUACUUGGGCCCAUUCUCAGAGCAAACUCCAUCGUACCUGACCGGUGAAUUCCCUGGUGACUAUGGAUGGGACACCGCUGGGCUUUCUGCUGAUCCAGAGACUUUCGCCAGGAACCGGGAGCUGGAGGUGAUCCACAGCAGAUGGGCCAUGCUUGGUGCUUUGGGCUGUGUCUUCCCCGAAAUCCUUGCAAGGAAUGGUGUCAAAUUUGGUGAGGCUGUGUGGUUCAAGGCUGGAGCUCAAAUCUUCUCAGAAGGUGGACUUGACUAUCUUGGCAACCCCAACCUCAUUCAUGCCCAGAGCAUCCUUGCCAUCUGGGCCUCCCAAGUUGUGCUCAUGGGCUUCGUUGAAGGUUACCGGGUUGGCGGAGGCCCACUUGGUGAAGGACUUGAUAAAAUCUACCCUGGAGGUGCCUUUGACCCACUUGGCCUUGCUGAUGAUCCUGAUCAAUUUGCAGAAUUGAAGGUGAAAGAGCUCAAAAAUGGAAGAUUGGCCAUGUUUUCCAUGUUUGGAUUCUUUGUCCAGGCCAUUGUCACCGGAAAGGGUCCAAUUGAGAACCUCUAUGACCAUCUUGCUGAUCCGGUGGCCAACAAUGCAUGGGCUUAUGCCACCAACUUUGUCCCCGGAAAAUGAGAUGUAUAAGUACCAUGCCUCAUUCAGCUGUAACAUUACUAAAUCUUCCUGCUGUCAAUGAACUUCUCUGGUUGUGGAAUUGAUGAAUAUUGAUGUAACAUUAUGAGGAGAAACUGCUUAUUUUGAACCUAAGUUAUCACCAGAUUUCGACUCCUUUGUCCAUACAGUCCUGAUCAUUUUUCCUGCACACCAAGUCCAUCACUAGUAUCUGCACAAAAAGAACAUAAACACAACAAUAUAUUACCAAUUUGGCAGGCAAGGAUGGAGAAGGAAAUAUUUGGAUGUUAUUAAAGCAGUUCCACAUUCAAAGUAACUGAAAG